AUGAGUGAGAUUCGUUAUGAUGUCGCGUGGGCUGUGUUUCAUAGAGUAUGUGUGUUAUCAGCUGACGAAAAUAAUUAUCAAGAAGUCAAAGCUGAUAUGAAAAUAGUUGAAUCCGCUAUUAAUCAAUAUAAGAAUUUGACACCUUCAGAAAAAGAUUAUCUGACUUAUCAAUUUAGUCUUCUAGUUGAUAAAGUUAACAUUUCUAAUAAAAAAAGUAAACAAAGAAAAUGUGAAAAUUGCCAAAAUUGGACCCAUGCUCAACAAUACUGUGAAUAUUGUAUAAGAAAUUAUUUAACAAAUAAUUUCAAUAAUUUGUCCUCUGGUAAUAUUGAAAUCGAUGAGCUAAUUCGUGAAUGUCAAUUAAAUACACAGAGGCCUGAUUAUAUUGUUGAAUGGAUACCAUAUGAAAGUUUCAGUGAUAUAAAAUAUAAAACUAAAGGUGGAUGCUCUUCUAUUUAUAAUGCUAUUUGGAAGAAUGGAAGAUUUGAUAUGUGGGAUAAGCAAGAUCGUCAGCCUAAAAGAGCCG